ACCAGAUUAAUGGGUCCGUAGAUAUUGAUCCUUCAAGCACAAACAAUUCUUAUAAGUUACCCGCGGAAGUGCUGAAAUCUGCGGCCCAAUCAUUCAAUCUCUCCUAUGCAUUGAACUUUGACUAUGACUCUGUAUGGAAAAACCUGGGCAGGUCCUCCAAAUAUUACGUCUAUUUUCACUUUUGUGAAAUUCAACAACGUGCCCCAGGCCAAAAAAGAAUAUUGAAUAUUACUAUGGGUGAUGAAAAUGUUUUUGACCAACCUAUAGUUCUUGAAUACUUGAAACCACAAACCAUUGCUCUAAAUGCAAGUCAAGGUUAUGUUCGUUUUAACAUCAGCGCAACAUCAGAAUCCGAUGCUCCUCCAAUUCUUAAUGCUUUUGAGGUUUACGAGUUCGUAUCACCUCUACAUUCCCCAACAGACCAAAGAGACGUGGAUGCUAUCAUAGACACUAAAAAAACAUACAAGAUCUCCAAUUUGGAUUGGCAAGGAGAUCCAUGUGUUGCAAACCUCUCUUGGGAACGACUAAGCUGCAGUUCUGGGAUCAAUGACAAAAAUGCAAGAAUCGUCUCAGCGAACCUAAGCGCGGCCAAAUUGGCAGGGCAAAUAACAACGACAUUUUCGCAACUUACAGAGUUAGAGUCCUUGGAUUUGUCAUUUAAUGACUUGUCGGGAUCAAUACCUGAAUUUUUACCUAAACUACCAAAAUUGAGAGUCCUUAACUUGACUGGCAUCAAACUCACAGGUUCCAUUCCCAAGGCUCUUCAGGAAAAGGCAGAUUUGCAAUUGAGUUUGGAGGAUAAUCCUGGCCUUUGUCUGGUGGAUUCAUGCAAAAAGCAGAAGUUUGUCAUUCCACUUGUUGCUUCCGUUUCUGCUUUAGUUGCAAGCCUCUUGGUUUGUCUAGGAAUAUGGACCUUCAAAACCAAAAAACUAAAAGUGGUUAUAACUGUUUCUAAGAAUGAAGAACCGUUGCAACCAAAAGCUCGAGCAGUUUCUUACUCCAGAAUUCUCAGAAUCACUAACAAUUUGCAAGACUUAAUUGGAGAAGGAGGAUUUGGAAAGGUUUAUUAUGGCACUCUAAGAAACGGUACUCAAGUUGCUGUGAAGUUACUUUCUCAAUCAUCAAUGCAAGGGUUCAAAGAAUUUCGAUCAGAGGUAGAACUCUUGAUGAUUAUUCAUCAUCGACAUUUGGUUUCCCUGAUUGGCUACUGUGAAGAAGGUGUUGUGAGGGCAUUAAUUUAUGAAUAUAUGGCUAAUGGCAAUCUCCAACAGCAUUUAUUAGGAGAGAACCCUAACGUUUUGAAAUGGAAUGAGCGUCUUCAAAUUGCAUUGGAUGCUGCACAUGGAUUGGACUAUUUGCAUAAUGGUUGUAAACCACCAAUUGUCCAUAGAGAUUUAAAAACUUCCAACAUUCUGCUAAAUGAAAAGAUGCAAGCCAAAAUUUAUGACUUUGGACUAUCUCGAGCUUUUGCAACUGAUAUUGACACUCAUGUAUCAACUCGUCCGGCUGGCACAUUGGGUUAUCUUGAUCCUGAGUUUCAGAGCUCUGGAAACCUGAAUAAAAAGAGUGAUGUUUAUAGUUUUGGGAUAAUUCUACUAGAACUAAUCACAGGUCAACCAGCAAUAAGGAGAGAACAUGGCACUGUCUGUCACAUUCUCCAUUGGGUUACCCCAAAAAUUGAAGUGGGGGACAUCCAAUCCAUCAUUGAUCCAAGAUUACGAGAAAAUUGCAGCACCAAUUCAGCUUGGAAAUUGUUAGAGAUUGCUCUGUCUUGCACUCCACCAUCUGCAAUUCAAAGGCCUGACAUAAGCCAUGUAGUUGCCGAACUAAAGGAAUGUUUGGCUCUAACCGAAAGCAAGGGGACAAUUUCAACCAGUUCCCUUGAUAGGUUUUCUUUCAGUUCUGAUUCAGGGCUUGUUCCAUAUGCUCGGUAGGUAGUUAUUAGCACGUUCAUAACGUUGAACCCCAAACCACAUGUCGUAUUUAUAUUGUUUGUAUACAUGUUUGAGUCAAACUGUGGUUCUUCUUGUUACUGCUGCCGGCGGCUCUGAGCUUGCCCCUUUUUGUUUAAUGUUAGUCCUUUCUGUGUUCCUCUAUUCUGUAUUUAUGAAUUUUACUCUGAUAUUGUUGAACCCAUCAA